CGGCAGCUCUCCGCCGGCUCGCUCGCCCCGGAUCCGCGGCUGCACCGCUAGCGGAGGCCCGGCCCAGGCAGGGCGGAGGCGGCUCCCGGCAGGGCGCGGGCGGGCCCGGUGUCCCCGCCAGGGCGCGGGCGGGUCGCGUCGCCCCCCGCCACGUCCCUCCCGCCGCGGCCCCGCCGCCCCGUACUUAAGGCGGCGGCGGCGGGCGCCGCUCCUGCUCGCGCCCUGACCGUGUCUCCCCGCAGAAGAUGGCCCCGACGUGCCUGCGGCCCCUGCUGAGGUACCGGUCCUUCGCCAUCCUCUUCUUCACACCGCUGCUGCUGCUGCCACUGCCGGUCACUGUGCCCACACGGGAGGCCAAAUGUGCAUAUAUCAUCAUCAUCAUGGCUGUGUACUGGUGCACUGAAGUUAUCCCACUGGCUGUUACUUCCCUCAUGCCAGUGGUAUUUUUCCCUCUGCUUGGAGUUCAGAGCUCUAAAUCAGUUUGCUUGCAGUAUCUAAAUGACACAAACAUGCUCUUUGUUGGAGGGCUGAUUGUUGCAAUUUCUGUUGAACAGUGGAAUCUUCACAAAAGGAUUGCGCUAAGGGUCCUGCUAAUUCUUGGGGUGAAGCCUGCACUCCUCAUGUUGGGAUUUAUGAUAGUCACUGCUUUCCUGUCCAUGUGGAUAAGUAACACAGCCACCACUGCUAUGAUGGUUCCCAUUGUCCAGGCUGUCCUGGAGCAAAUGGAUAACACUGAAUAUGAUGUGACCAUGAUGGAACAAGCAACCGGGCAAACAAAUACAGUGACUGAGCUGCAGGAAAAGAAUGUAUCAGAUCCCACUACAGUGCAGGUCAUAAGCAAUGGACAAGUCCCUGAUGACCCCAGAUCUUCUGAGGAAAAGAAAAUGAAGAAACGUAUAUGUAAGGGAAUGACGCUUUGUGUAUGCUAUGCUGCCAGCAUUGGAGGAACUGCAACACUCACUGGAACAGGUCCAAACAUGGUAUUGAAAGGCCAGAUGAACCAGUUAUAUCCCAACAAUAAUGAUGUUGUGAAUUUCGCUUCCUGGUUUGGGUUUGCAUUCCCAAACAUGAUUCUGAUGUUGGUACUAGCUUGGCUUUGGCUACAGUGCUCCUUCAUGGGACUCAACUUUAAAAAAAGCUGGGGCUGUGGGACAGAGAGAACUGCUAAAGAAAAAGCUGCAUACAAUGUGCUGAAGGCAGAAAUGAAGAAAUUAGGCCCUAUCUCUUAUGCUGAAUUCAAUGUCCUCAUCAUGUUUGUUUUGCUGGUUCUCUUGUGGUUUUCCAGACACCCAGGCUUUGUAAAAGGCUGGGCCAACAGGCUCUUCCCAGACGGAGAAAAGUAUAUCACUGAUUCUGCUCCUGCUGUGUUUAUUGCCCUGCUAUUGUUCAUCCUUCCUGCUACCAAACCCAAAUUCAUAGGCUGGAAUUCAAGCAUGUCUGACCCCGAACAGACUGAAGAAGAUAUAAAAAAGCCAUUUUUACCAGCCCCACUGCUGGAUUGGAAUGUGGUUCAGAGGAAGAUGCCCUGGAGCAUUGUGCUGCUGCUGGGAGGAGGUUUUGCUUUGGCAGAUGCAAGUGCAAACUCUGGGCUCUCGGCUUGGCUGGGUCAUCAAAUGACUCCAUUAGGAUCUAUUCCACCCUGGGCCAUUGCAACAGUACUUUCGCUUAUUAUAGCUGUCUUCACUGAAUGCACCAGUAAUGUCGCCACAGCCACCCUCUUCCUACCUGUCUUUUCAUCCAUGGCUGCAUCUGUCAAGAUCCAUCCUUUGUAUGUUAUGCUGCCUGGUACUCUCAGUGCUUCCUUUGCCUUCAUGCUACCUGUUGCAACACCUCCAAAUGCAAUAGUGUUUUCCUAUGGCCACAUCCGUGUUUUGGAUAUGGUUAGAUCUGGAAUAGUGAUGAACAUCAUUGGAGUCUUCUGUGUCACACUGGCCAUCAACACAUGGGGAAGACCUAUGUUUGAUCUGGAUACAUUUCCAACCUGGGCAAACAGCACAACUAACCAGUGAGCGAUGAAGAAUUCGUGUUUUGUACAAGGAAUGGACUCUUGAUCCUAUUUUGUUGUUGCCUGAAACCCUGUAUAAAGUCUUGUCACACUUCAGAUCCAGUGUUAGGUGUCUGCUACCUUCUGGGAGUCAAACAUCAGAUCAGGCAUGAACCAACUCAUUCCAAUCAUGGUGGCACCAAAUGUGCUGUUUAAUUUCACAACCCUAAGGAUCAUGUGUCUGGAUCACACGUAUGAUCAAGUGAUCUAUUGUACUUCCAAUUACCAUCAAGAUUUAGAAUUCAUUUAACUUUAAAUAAAGAGAGGGCAAGCUGUUAUAUCAGAUGGUUUGAACUAUUUUAUCCUUGGUAUGCACUUUUAAAUCAUUGUGAUUGAACACUGCACCCAGACAAGGGCUGACAAUUCAUUAGCAGCUAUAUAUAUCCAAAAGUCAGCAUCUGUACAGAGAAAUACCUGUUGUCACUUAUCUAGUGUAAGGUUUGUUAUAUUUUAGUCUGGCCUUAGCCAUGGGAUAAAAUCUUUCGAAGUCAACAUCCAACCAUGUUUUCCAUCACCUUCUUUUCACUCCCAAAUCUCACUGCAUUUAGACACCCUUUUAGAGGGUUGAAAUAACGUAAUUCCAUGCUGGUCAUGAUUCUGAUGAUAUCUUGGGCAAGGAUGAAUUAAGGUUGCCUUUGUGUUUCUUGCACUGUGGUCCUGGCAGGGACAGGAGACUUUCCAUCUCUUGGCCCCGGGUAGAUGUGGUUUCAUGUGCCAAACAGUACUUUGUUAGUGACAGCUUGGAAAUGACUUGUGAACCAUAGGACUUCAUACCUAUGGUGAAAGCUCCUGGAGUUUUCAGAAAGCCCCUGAUGCACGUUAUUAACUCUAGAAUUUUGAAGUGGAGACAAGGCAUGAGAAAGGCUCUGACCAAAAGCCUUGUAAAUAAUAUAGUAUAGCCCAGAUAGUAGGGCUUGUGUUGGCUGAUAGCAAUGGAAGUUGUCUCGUGUAGUUUGGAAUUCAGGUCCCAUGAUAAAAGUGUUUUGUAGAAUCUGUUCAUGUCAUUUCUGAAGCAGAAAAAGUCUAUGGAAAGAUUUUUGUUGGACUAGGUGUAUUGUUGGACCAGGGGUACAUGGAUGCUGGUUAUUCAGCCCUGGAGAUGAAGUUGGGCGGGAAGGCAGUGUGUUGCAGUGAAGAGACCUAUGGCCAUGACCUAAGUUCUGCUUCCAGAUUUGCUGUGCAGCCUCAGACAAGUCAAUCCACCUCUUUUUUGUCUCAUGUUCCCAUUCUGAAAAAGUUGUUAUGUACCUAUCUACCUCACAAGGGUGUUGUGAGGACAUAAGGGUCAAAUUCUGCAUCUUCAGUGAUUCCCUACAUGAAGGAACAGGGUGCAUGAUCUGGCCUCUAGCACAGUAACGUGUAGGAUGUUUUAUAGUUUUGUCAUUAACUUGAAUGUUCUUUACAGAACUGGAAGAAUAUUCACAUUUUGCCUUUAAAAGUGAGUAACAUACAUAUCCACAAAAUCACCAGGUGCUUUUUCUGAGCAGAAAACUACUUCAGUAAUGAUUGGAGUUCUGUGCCUUUAUCUUCAGUGCUCUUUGAAGUUGCUGGGAACCAUAAACUGUUGUUUCUGGUGCCUUCAACAGCACUCUGUCUAGCCAGCUGGUUGCAUGUGGUGCAGCCUCAUACCUCUUCCAUGGUAUGAUGGAGCAUGUGAAUAAACACCAUUCCACUUGCAGAGUAUGUGUAAGGAAGAGACCAAUUCUAGUGCCAAGAAGUGACUUGGUCACAGACAUGUGUCACCACCUGAAGGUUAUCGCAGUAUUUGUUUGAAGGAAUAGAAACCAGAAACCAUUAAGCAGCUUCUGCACUUUGGAAAUCACCACUUAAUGCCAACUUGCAUCUAUAUAUAUCUAAAAGUACUUGAGAAAGGGACUUUUUAUACCUUCUGAUGGACUUCACAAUAGGACAUUUCACUAUUGCCAGGUACUUCACAGUGCUUGUUCUUCAGUAUUGCAGGUAAGAUACAGUGGUGCUCACAUGAUUGGGUAACACUGAGCUUGCCUGUCUCAAUUCAUGCAGAUCCAAAUUCCCUUAAAAAUUGUUUCAGCUAAAAGCUGUAGGACAGGCAGUUCCCUCUCCCAUUUGCAGAAAGAAGAGCUUUUCUCUGUUGCUGUGCAAGUAGAAGACAAAUGCUAUUUUCUUGAAUGGUCACACUGGGUGAUUUAUUGACAGAAGUGCCAAGUCGGGGGAACAUAUAUAUGGGGAAAUAAAGAACUCUGGUUUUAUUAUAAAUAUGGUGCAUUUGAUAUGUCACCUCUCUGUUAACUGCAAGUAUUUCCUUCUGAGACACUUUCAUGGCAUCCUGUAAGUGAUAUAUAUUUAAUUAAAAUGGAAAAGUUGCAGAAUUAGAGCCUGGCAAAUAAAAAUAAAAACAAAAUAAAAUAUAAGAUAAAAUCAAAAA